GGGCUCUGCACCAACGCCACGGUGGCCGCCCGCCUCAGGACCUUCCUGCUGCCCGCGCCCCACGCCGCAGGAAAUUCCAGUGAUUCAGAAGAAGACCAGAACGCCAGUAGCAUAGAGAAUCAAGCUAUUCCCAACUCUCACAGAGUGUCAGAUUCCAAAGCUCAUCAACACCAUACCAAAAUAGAUAUCAUCAGGAAAGAACAAGCCAAAAAUACUCAGCGCUAUAAAGUGGAAUAUGAUUCACAAAGUACAGACACAUUGAAUUUCUCUUCUGAAUCCAAACAAGAGACUGAAUAUGGUCCCUGCCGUAGAGAAAUGGAAGACACAUUAAAUCACCUUAAGAUCCUGAAUGUCUUGAGUCCAAGAGGAUUCCAUAUUCCAAACUGUGACAAGAAGGGUUUCUACAAGAAAAAGCAAUGCCGCCCUUCCAAAGGCCGAAAGAGGGGUUAUUGCUGGUGUGUGGAUAAAUAUGGACAGCCACUCCCUGGAUAUGAUGGUAAAGGAAAAGGAGAUGUCCACUGCUAUAACUUGGAAAGUAAAUGAGUGUCAGAAGCCAUCUCCUAUGGAAUCUGUGUGCCAGUUUGACCCAUCAGAGACUUUGGAGGGACUGGAGAAAAAGCGUGGACUGCAUUGGACUUGGAGUUAUGAGUUCUGCCUCCUACUGAUAUUGUGGGAUUCAUUGACUCGAGGGACUCCGCAGCUGCACCCUGCCACUGACACACUUCCAGCUUUCUAUAGAACAUAUAGGGAGCUCUGAAUUUCCAAGUAAAUCUGCACUAUUGAUCCCCAGAUAGAAAAAGAAAACGCACUUCAGAAUGGAUUCAGGGAGUCUCCACUGACUUUUUAAAGAAUGGCCUGUGACCAAUUUGAUCCCGUCUUAUCCCAAUAAGAUACUGUUUUAUUUUAAAGAAUUUAUAGAUUGUAAGCCUGUAAAAAAACAUUAAAAACCCAAGGAUUUAAAGUUUUAAGCUUUUUUUAUACAGGUCUGACGGGAAACUUAUCUUCACGGGUAAAAUGUUUUAUAAAAAUCUCAAAGAACUUUUUAGAGAAGCGUGUUUCUAAAAUAAAGACGUGGCUAUUUUUUCUGUAAAAUAUAUUAUGAAUAUUCUGUUAGUCUGUAUUUAAUAUAAUUGUUUUUUUAAUAAACUUUAUUUAAAUGUAACAUGAAUACCAAAUGUUACACAAUAAUUUUGGUGUAUUCUACUGAACCUAUGCAAGUAAAAAAAAAAAAAAAACAACAAAAAAGCAAGGGGAUUAUAAAUAGAAUCACAUUUAUAUGAAUACUUACUUAAUCUGGAUGAUCCAAAAUUGUUUUGCUGAGUGAAGAAUAUGUUUCCUAAAGAGGCUAAGUUUCCCAGUGUUUUAAUCUGUCUCUUUCUUUAUUGAUAUAUAUAGGCACACAUCACUGUAAUAUUUAGGUGCAAGGUAGAAAAUUAAUACUUCCAUUGAAACUGACCAUAACAGAGUCCUCUGUACUCUCUAACACACUGCAGCUGCUGUAACACAGCUUCUUUUUCUUCCAUCCCCCUUUAAAAUUGUUAAUACUAGCUUCAUUUUUUGUCCACAAGUAUUUUUCCUUCUAAUUAUGAAACUAUUUAAAACUUUUUUUAAAACUUGUAUCCAUUUUAUGUUGCCUUGUUGCAGUAAGCAAACUGAAGACCAUAUUCUACCUUCCUUCUGCCUGAGAAACUCCCAUUAAAGUCAGUGCCAAAAAUGUGUGGGCAUGAGGAUGUGGAACAACUGUGAGAUGUUGGGGACACAAUUUUGCCAUCAUGUGGUUGCAAUUUACUGACUUCAGUGGGCAUUGCCUGCACCUGAGGGCUCAGUUGGAAGCAUUUAAUCCUGAAAAUCUAUUUUCUCUUUUAAUUUUAAUUCUAGAGACAGUGCGUUUUCAAUCGGAGAUUCUUUCAGUUAAGGAGACAUUUGGAGCUAGCUUGAGUCAGACUGCCCAUUGCAAUUCACGAGAUAUUAUAUGUAAAAAAUCAGUGGGAGCAUAUGACCCAUGGAGUUUAACAUACUUUAUGUCAGUGAAUGGUGCAACCUUAAAAAAUUUCAACCUAAUUUCUUAUCGG